AUGCCUCCUUCUGUCCUUGGGCCCAAUAUUGCAUGCAGCGACGAGCAGUUCCUUUUCCAGGGCCUGGCGCUGAGCGACGAAAUGCACAAGCACCUCCACCGCCACAGCGCCCUGCUCGCCUCCUCGCUGCACCGCGGGGGGGACGGCCGCCACAGCGACAGCAGCAGCGGCGGCGCCUCUCCUCCCCGCCCGGGGGCUUACCAGUCCUAUCCCGGUCAGAGCGAGGGUCAAGGCGGGGGUGGGGGUGUGAACCGCGGGCAGCAGUACGAUGAGUGGGCCGCCGGGGUGACGGCUGGGCUGCCCUUGGCUCGGUUUGAGAGCGAUCAGACGGAGGAGGAGGAUGGGGAGGGCGGGCUCAGGAGGUCCCAUGGAGCACAGGCCCCUGCCUCUGCCUCUGCUGCCGUUGCUGGUGCUGGUGCUGCUGGUGGUGCAGGCCCGUCCUCUUCCCAACCAGCACUAGCACAGACCGCCUCAGCAGGUCAAGCAAGUCAAUCAAGUCAAUCAGGGCAGCCCCCGCAGCAAUCACUGGCAGCAGCACGAGCCGCCGCUGCAGCAGCAGCAGCAGCGCCUGCCACGGCCGUCCCUCCGCCCACCCAGGACCUGCUCAGCCUCGACCUUGUUGCAAUCGCCCCUCCUCCCCAACCCCACCCCCCCACCUUCACUGCCAACGCUCCUGCCGCCUCCUCUUCUCCCUUUGACUCGCCGUUUGAUGAGCCGCCGUUCCAAGCCACUUCUGCCCCCGGCCCCUCUGGUGGUGGUGGUGGUGCUGCUGCUCCUUAUUCCUUCAGCUCGUCAUACCAGCAACCGCAGUACCAGCAGCGGCCGCAGCAAGGGUAUGGUGGCGCAGGAGGGUAUGGCGGCAUGGGAGGUGGAAUGGGAGGAGGCAUGGGAGGGGGUAUGGGAGGGGGUAUGGGUGGUGGGAUGGGUGGUGGGAUGGGUGGGGGCAUGGGUGGGGGCAUGGGUGGUGCGUAUGGCACCGGUACAGUUGUGCCGGGAGGCCCGAACCAGCCCGCUUCAUACGUGGUGCCGUGGGCCCGUGCUGCCCAAAGCUCCAGCCCCCAGCAGCAGCAGCAGCAGCAGCAGCAGCAGCAGCAGCAGCAGCAGCAGAAUAACCAGCAGCAGCAGCAGCAGCCAAGUCCCGGGGGGGCUGCCCUGAGUCCACAGCAGCAGGCGUUGCUCUUCGGUGGUAACCCACCCCCCCUCAACCUGUCGCAGCAGGGAGGAGGGCCGUCAGGUGUGGGGGGCUCGAGCAUGUAUGGGCCGAACCCCACUUACCCCUACCACCAGCAGCAGCAACAACAGAGGCCGGGAGGGGGUAUGAUGGGUCCUGCUCCUGAGUAUGUGCAUGGCCAGGUGUUUAGAGGCACGGGAUAA